AGACAUGCUUGCGAAAUUUGUAAAUAGAUCUACGGCACACGGAGCGUUUUUUCAUGUUAAAUCGCAUGCGACCUAACCAUGCGAGCAAACAAGCUAGCUACAAAGCUAGAGAUUUUGUACGCUGCGUGAUGUCAUGCGUAUUUACUUGCUGGUUUUCGAUGAUAGAAACGGUGCUAUUUUCGCUGCGUGUUUUGGUGCUAGUUAAAUAAAAGUAAUAACCUAAAAGUAAUAACCAAAUGAUGGAAGUCGAAAGGAGAAGAAAAUUAGCUGCAGUAGCUCUUUUCUUAUCAAUAGAUAGAGAACGGAAGAAAUUGAAGAUGAAAAAAAAAAGAAAAAUUUGGACUAGAAUGUGGUUACAACGCAGAGAGACAGGACAAAAUGUCUUAACAAUGCUGUAUAAAGAAUUAAGUGUUGAAGAUCCAAGUUCCUUUUUAAAUUAUAUACGUAUGGAACAAUAUGUGCUUGAGAAGCUGUUACAAUUCGUUACGCCCUAUAUUCAGAAACAAAAUACUGUAAUGAGAGAAGCCAUCUCUUCUCGAGAUAGAUUAAGUGUUACACUGCGAUUUCUUGCUACUGGUAAUACAUUUCAAGAUUUAUCAUAUUCAACUCGGAUUGCUCCUAAUACACUAUCUCAGAUCAUACCUGAGACAUUAAAAGUUAUUGUAACAGUUCUCGAAAGUAAAGUAAUCGCUUGUCCAUCAACUGCAAUGGAGUGGCAAGUUGUAGCAGAAAAGUUUAAUACAUGGUGGCAGUUUCCUCAUUGCAUAGGUGCAUUGGAUGGCAAACAUCAAUUUUCGACCACCAAGAAAAGAAGGAUCGAUGUAUAGGAAUUAUAAAGGGAGAGAUAGUAUCGUACUUCUUGGUCUUGUGGAUGCUGAAUAGAAAUUUUUAUUUGUAGAUAUUGGAAGAAAUGGUCGCAUGCAUGAUGCUUCCGUAUUUCGUGAGAGUUCUUUGGCUACGCAAUUAUAUUCCGAAACAUUAAAUUUACCGUUACCAUCUCCUUUACCAGGAUAUGAUACUCCUCUACCAUAUGUAAUUGUGGCAGAUGAUGCCUUUCCGUUAAAAGUACACAUAAUGAAACCAUAUCCUGGUCGUGAUCUUACUUUCCAAAAGAAAAGUUUAAUUAUAGACUAAGCAGAGCACGCAGAACUGUAGAAAAUGCAUUUGGUAUCUUGGCGAACAGAUUUCGUAUUCUUAUGAACAUUAUUCCCCUUUCAGUUGAAAAAGUAGAAUUAAUAACUAAUGCAUGCUGCGUGCUCCAUAAUUAUCUUAUAGACAAAAAAGUGUCACGGUAUGUUCCAUUGGAAUUAAAAAACAGAACUGAUAUAAUACAACCAAAUAUAAGUGGCAUAUCACGACAAGGCGGAAAUCAUUGUUCAAACACAACUAGUACAAUUAGGGAUCAAUUUUGUGAAUUCUUUAAUACGGUAGGAGCUGUACCAUGGCAAGAAAAAUAUAUACAAGAAGGACGAUGUUAAUUAACUUUUAUUUCAUUAAAAAUAUAAUUUGUAUUUUUGUGUAUUUUUAAUAAUUUUGUACUUGAAAUAUAAUUCGUAUUUCUGCUUUUGUAACAUAACAUAAAACAAAAUCACAA